CGUUGCUCGGCGGCGGCUCGAACCAUUCGGCAUCCGCAGGCGAUGGCGAUGGCGACGGCGACGGCGACGGCGACGGCACCUCCGCCCCUUCCCUAGCGAGCGAGUGUGAGCCCCAUCUACACGCGCCAAAUCCUUUCUCCAUGUCGCACUGCGACGGGGAGAUCCCCGCCAAGCGACCCAAGCUCUCCGAUGGCGGCGACGGCUGCAGCGAGGACCGCCUCAGCGCGCUUCCCGAAGACAUUCUCAUCAACAUCGUCCUCAGGCUCGCCAACGCCGCCGUCGCGGCGCGGACCAGCGUCCUGUCCAGUCGCUGGCGCCGCCUCUGGGCGCUGCUCCCGCAAAUCCUGUUUCGCUCCUCCACUGGUCCCCACGGCAUCCGCGCCGCCCUCCUAUCCCACGAAGCGCCGGUCCUGCUCCGCCUCGUCGUCGACUUACGGGACGCCUCUCCUGAGUCUGUCGCGGUCUGGCUUCCAAUCGCCGCGCACCGCCUCCACGGCGAUCUGUUCCUCGUCAACGUGGUGCGGCAGAACGAGAGGGGGCACGAGGCCGCGGAAGGAGGCGCCUUUGAGCUGCCCUGCUUCGAGAAGGCCACCUCGAUCAGCCUGGUACUAGGGUAUCUCGGCCUCUCGGUGCCACCAUUAGGCGUAUUCGCCGUACUCACCAGCCUCUUCAUGUCUUGCGUCAAGCUACAUGGCAACUUUGCAGUCCACUCGGAUUCUCUUCUAGAAAUCGACCUGAAGCAUCUGCAUGGCUUGGAGCAGCUCACUGUCAUGGCGCCGGCACUCAAACGGUUAUGUGUCAUCUGCUGUCUUUCUAAACCUUCCAGUACUGCAAACAUCUCCGCCCCUCAGCUGGUGUCCCUCGAGUGGGCGGGUUAUUAUGAUCCAAGAUUCACGCAGCUCGGCAAGAUGGACAAUCUACAGCGGCUGCGCACAUCCGCUUUUCUUGUGUAUGGACAGCAUGACUUUGGACAUGAACUGAAUAGCAAUUCUCUGAGGCUUAUACGGCGCUUUGAGCUCAUCCCAAGACUCAGUUUCAUGCUUAUCUAUGUGCCGAACAUUGCUAACACACAGUACCUGAUGAAAGACAUUACAAGGCUCCCGAACAUUGCACACAUGACCCUGACUAUAAAGCCAGAAGGACAUUUCUUUGGAGCCAGUGUGUUCCAUGUUCUCAAGAUGUGUACUGGUGUCAGAAAGCUUGUACUUACACUUAUUAGCGCAGCUCACCACCCCGAGGUACAGACUGCAUGCCCAUCAGCUUGUGUUUGCAAUCAGCAAUCAAACUGGAAAACCGAGGGACUUGUACUGAAUCGCCUUCGAGCAGUAGAAAUCCUUAACUUGAGAGGAACUGAACAUGAAGCUGCUCUUGUGAAACGGUUAUUUGAUUGGGCAACAGUGCUAAAAAAGGUGACAGUAACUUUCCAUCGAUCAGUCGCUGAAAGCACCGCCAAGGAGUUCUGGCAGAUACUACGAACCUUCUCUAGGCCAGAAAUACGUAUGAAGGGGCCCCAUUUUGCCCAACGGCGUGGUGACGUUAUCUAAGAACUAAGUGUGUCUGAAACUUAACCUGUACUGCUGCUUCUCCAAGAACACUUAGCAUGUUCCAGAAGACUAAGUCAGCUUAUCGCUUACGCUUGUGGUCAUUUUGUAGUACAUGUAUCUCAUGUCAGUACUAAUUGAGCCCUUUGUGCACAUCAGAGUCUGGUAGACCAGCCUUUAUCAAUUGCACUCUUUGCCACACUACCUUAUACAUAUUUUGCAGUAUAUACUUGACCUUUUUUAA